GAGUUUUCUUUUGGGCCUCCAGCUUUCCGUAGCCGUACAAAAACAAACAUGGCGUCUUCUGCAGAUGUUCACGUCCGAAUUUGUGGACAAGAAAUAAUAAAAUAUGAUCUAGAAAUCAAGGCUCUCGUCCAGGACAUUAGGGAUUGCCCUGGACCUCAGUCAACUCUCAUGGAGCUCAACUCUCAGGUCAAACAGAAGCUCAACAAGCUCAGACUCAGAAUACAGGAUCUGGAGCAGAUGGCCAGAGAGCAGGACAGAGAGACGGACAGACUGGCCAUCCAGGCAGAGACAGAGAGCCAGCGAAAGCAAAUGCUGAGUAACCAAACAGCGUGGAGGAAAGCUAACCUGGCAUGUAAACUAGCCAUAGACAACACGGAGAAGGACGAGCUGCUGCAUGGAGUAGAAAACCACAGCACCAGACAGAGGAAGGCGACCAAAGAAAGCCUAGUAGAAACCAGUAGUAGCAUCACAGAGAAUCUGAUGUCUAUGAGCAGGAUGAUGGCUGAACAGGUGAAGCAGAGCGAGGACACCAUUGGCACGCUGGCCACCUCCUCCAGGACGGUGCAGGAAACCAACGACGAGUUUAAAAGCAUGACAGGAACAAUCCACCUGGGGAGGAAACUGAUCCUCAAGUACAACCGGCGGGAGCUGACAGACAAGCUGCUCAUCUUCCUGGCUCUGGCCCUCUUCCUCGCCACCGUCCUCUACAUCCUUAAGAAACGUAUCUUCCCCUUCAUUUAG